AUGGAUGCAUUGUUAAUUCAGUGCACAAGUUACUUUCUCAUUAUGUAUAGCCUUGAUCCUUAUAGUCGAAGUUGGCGCUGCAAUCCUCUCUCUUCCCCCUGCGGCACCGCCUGGAAAAACGCCCACAAUCGCACCGACGCCGUCGCCAUCCCUGGCCGAUGCGGCCUCUCCUGCUUCGGCAGCCUCCUCACCCUCAGCCGCGGCCUCGCGUUCCGCUCCCUCGCCUCCAACACUCCGCCCUCAACGCCACCGACCUCGCGCACCACUCCCUCAGCCCACCCCGUCUACUGCUCCACAGCCGCAGCCGCACAUCGUCACAUCGCUCAGCCUCUCCCUGCUCAGAGCCAAAUCUGCAACCGUACUCGCAAUGAUGGAUCUGGAACCCGAUCCUCAGUCGCGAUGGGCGGCGAAGAAGCAGUUUUUCAGCGCGGAAUUUCUGGGGUGAUGCAGGAGAUUAUAAGGAAGGAGGUGAGGAAUUACAUGGUGGGGAUGGAGAUGGAGAAGAAGGGGCACUACAUGCAGAGUGAUGCGAUGAUGAUUAAUGGCGUAAUUAAGCGGAUGGGGAUGAGCAAGGUUGAUUGA